GCCACAUUGAAGAAGGUUGCCCUAAGCAUCGAGGGAUCUUGGCUGCAAAAUGCCCAGCGGCGGGGGGAGGCUCCCCCAGCCUAGCGCACCACGACUAUCACAGGUGGAAUUGAAAGGCUGUGCAGCCCCCAGAGCUUCCCGCCUCCCGAAGCUUCCACCGUAGAAACUGGGCCGACGAGAUCAUCCUUUGCGCAUCUCAGUGUCAGCCGCAGCUAGAGUUCCCAGCCACAACCCCCAGCUCCAGUCCCCCGAAGUUGGGGAGCCGCCCACAUUUCCACAGUGACGCCGGCGCAGGGACACGGGAGUUGUAGUCUCUGGCAAGAUGCGGGCGCCGGGACCGGAGCAGCAAGGACUUCACAUCCCGGCGGGCGCCGCGGCGCAGCCUGGGGCCAGGGGCGGGGCCGCCCGGCCCUUUAAACUUUUCUGGGCUGCUCCGAGGGCCGCAGCCGAAGACCGCGCCACGAGGGGCUGAGCGGGGCAAGGCGGCGGCGGGGCGCUUCUGGGAGGCCAGGGUAGCUGAUGGUUUUGGAGAAAUUUCUGAAGGCAGCCGGUCCUGCCCCCUCUCCCCUACCCAUCUCUUGUCCUCUCCCCCACACCACCACCAUCCUGGCUUCCCUCCCUCAUGACCCCCUGGAUCCUCCUUCCUGUCAGUCUGUCAGCCUUCUCCAUCACUGGCCUAUGGACUGUGUAUGCCAUGGCCGUGAUGAACCGCCACGUGUGCCCCGUGGAGAACUGGUCCUACAAUGAGUCCUGCUCUCCUGACCCCACUGAGCAAGGGGGCCCCAAGACAUGCUGCACACUGGAUGAUGUACCCCUCAUCAGCAAGUGUGGCACAUAUCCCCCAGAGAGCUGCCUCUUCAGCCUCAUCAGCAAUGUGGGUGCCUUCAUGGUGGCUCUGAUCUGCCUCCUACGCUACGGGCAGCUCCUAGAGCAGAGUCGUCACUCUUGGCUUAACACCACAACACUCAUCACAGGUUGUACCAAUACCGCAGGCCUCGUGGUGGUCGGAAACUUCCAGGUGGAUCAUGCCAAGUCUCUGCACUAUAUUGGAACUGGCGUGGCCUUCUCUGCCGGGCUGCUCUUUGUCUGCCUGCACUGUGCCCUCUCCUACCACGGGGCCACCACUCCACAGGACCUGGCUGUGGCCUCCCUGCGGAUUGUGCUGGCAGUCAUUGCCUCUGUCACGUUGGUCCUCAGUGGUGUCUUCUUCAUCCACACGAGUCCUCAGCUGCAGCACGGGGCAGCCCUGUGCGAGUGGGUGUUUGUCAUCGACAUCCUUGUUUUCUACGGCACCUUCAGCUAUGAGUUUGGGGCAGUCACCUCAGAGACACUGGUGGCAGCGCUGCAACCUGCCCAUGGCCGAGCCUGCAAGUCUUCUGGAAACAGCAGCACCUCCACGCACCUCAACUGUGCCCCUGAGAGCAUCGCCAUGAUCUGAGGUUGGGAGUGGGUAGCCUGCUCUGCCUCUAAAGCUCCCCACCCCUUAUUUUCUUUGCAUUUAUUUUGUACCAAAACAACUUUGGGAAAGUAUUCAGCUGGGAUACAGACUUAAACACUUCCUCACUCCCGGAGGAGUGGCCAUCCCACACCCACCCGUGCCAUAGAGGAGCAGGCCUGGGCAGCUGCUGUGCGUGACCUGCUCCCCCUCACCAGUGUUAUUUUUAUGUUUAAAGGUCACCUAUCCUCACUCACCCAGCCAGCCCUUCAGGUGCCUUCUACUCCCCAGUGCCUAGGCCAGACCACUGGGGUUUCCUGCUGCAGUCACGGGGGCCCGGGAAUAGCAUGAGAUAGAGGGCAGGGUGACGGUUGGGCUGAGCACUCCCUUGUCUUCACGAAGCCCACUUUGGGCUCACUGCUGCACUGGGAGCUUACUUCCUCACCCUGCCCCUUACUUUCUUUUGGGCAAAAAACACAGCAGAAUCACAUGGGUAUUUAGUACUUUUUUAUAUAUCUAUUAAAAGAAUUCUAAUUUGCACAUUUGUAUUAUGUUCUGGAGAGUCUGAGAGGGCCUGAUCCAGAAUGAUUUUCCCUAGGCAAAGAAUGGGGGGAAGCUUCUGCCCCCCAGGGAGAGUCCUGGGUGUCUACUGCUCUUGAAACAAAAUAUGCUGGUGCUAUCCAAAUAACCCCAAGGGCGUGAAGCCUUCUCUGGGCCUCAUACUGUCUAAAGAACAGACCUGGUCUGAUCAUUUCCCAUUCCCUUUCCUUGUCAGUCUGUUCUGAACUUUGAAUCUUAGAGAGGGGACCGUUAGGCUGGAUGUACACAGCAACUUUAAAAUGUUUGAAACAAUUUUUGCAGUGCAGGUGAAGAGAAUCCCUGGAUUUCAAGGUUCACUAGAAAUUUGCAGGACAAGGGCAACUGGAACUUUUAAGGACGAUAAAAGUGUUUCUUUUAUCAACUUUAAGUGCUACUAGAUACCAAACUCUGACUCACUUUGCUUUCCAACCACUAAUACAAAGGCCCAAACCCGGCUGGUUCAGUGGCCAGGUUGUUGGCCUGGGCUCCACCACCAUCCUGAUCCAGAGAAGCCAGCAUGCUUGGCAGGGAGGGAUAA